AUGUCUCUACCCGCCCUGCUCCUCUUCUGGUAGUGAGACGAUGGCGUCCCAGAGCAGUCUGUCUGAUCUGUUUCCUCUCCAGACCCAGCUCGACACCGCCCUGACGGAGGCCACAACUCAAACAGAGAAAGAAAAGAUCGUCUGUGAAUAUCUGAAUAAGUUAGAAGAGAGUGGAGAUCUGAAGAUAUCCGAUUUCCAGCCAGGCCUGGAAUGGUUGAACACAGAGGGGCCGCUUUCUUUGGAGAAGGAGCUGUCCGGGAAGGUGGUGGUCCUGGACUUCUUCACGUACUGCUGCAUCAACUGCAUGCACAUCCUGCCUGACCUGCACCGCCUGGAGAACACUCACUCUGUCACGGAUGGGCUGGUUAUUGUGGGUGUACACUCCGCCAAGUUCCCAAAUGAAAAGGUGCUGGACAACGUGCGCAGUGCCGUGCUGCGCUACGACAUCCGCCACCCGGUGGUGAACGACGGCGAGGCGCGGCUGUGGAGCGACCUGGAGGUGACCUGCUGGCCCACCCUGGUGCUGCUGGGGCCCCGGGGGAACCUGCUCUUCUCCCUGGUGGGCGAGGGCCACCGCCAGCGGCUGCCCCUCCUGGCGGGCGCCGCCCUGCGGUACUACGGCGAGCGGGGGCUGCUGACGCCGCAGGGCGUGGGGCUGAAGCUGUACCGGGACUCCCUGCCGCCCACGCUCCUCUCCUUCCCGGGGAAGGUCGCCGUGGACGACGGCGGUGGCGACCACGACGGGAAGAGGCUGGCCAUCGCCGAUACCGGGCACCACCGGAUCCUGGUGGUGUCGUCCACGGGGAGGCUGCUGCACACCGUGGGAGGUCCGGGGAGCGGGAGGCGUGACGGCGACCUGUCGGAGGCGACCUUCUAUGCACCGCAGGGCGUGGCCAUGAGGGGCGACCUGGUGUACGUGGCAGACACCGAGAACCACCUGAUCCGCAAGAUUGACCUGUUGACGGGGAGAGUCACCACCAUAGCUGGGGACGGCACUCAGGGAACCGACAAAGAAGGCGGAGCCAUGGGACCCCAGCAGCCAAUCAGCUCUCCUUGGGAUGUGUGCCUGGGAACCGCGGGCGGUAUGGAGUGGAACGUGCUGUGGGUUGCCAUGGCAGGCUGCCACCAGAUCUGGGCUCUGUUCCUGGGGGACGGAGCGCUGCCAAAGGGAAGCCCCUCCAAGGCGGGGACGUGUGUGCGCUGGGCGGGCAGCGGCAGUGAGGAGAACCGCAACAACGCGUACCCCCACAAGGCGGGCUUCGCCCAGCCCUCGGGCCUGGCGCUGGCCCCCGGGGGCCCCUGGAGCUGCCUGUUCGUGGCCGACAGCGAGAGCAGCAGCGUGCGCAGCGUGGCCCUGGGGGACGGGGCAGUGAAGGCGCUGGUCGGGGGGGAGCGGGACCCCAUGAACCUGUUUGCGUUCGGGGACGUGGAUGGGAAGGCGGUGGACGCCAAGCUGCAGCACCCGCUGGGUGUGGCCUGGGCGCCGCAGCGCAGCCUGCUGUACGUGGCCGACUCCUACAACCACAAGAUUAAGGUGGUGGACCCCAAGAGCCGGCAGUGCCGGACGCUGGCGGGGACCGGGCAGUGUGGGGACCAGGUGGGGCCGGCGUUCUCCGAGUCGUGCUUCAACGAGCCGGGGGGGCUGUGUGUCGGGCCGGGGGGGCGGGUGCUCUACGUCGCCGACACCAACAACCACCGCAUCACCGUGCUGGACCUGGACACACACACUCUCUCCCUGUUCCCCAUCUCCCUUCCCGACGUCACCGACUCGGGGCCCCCGCGUGCCCAGCCCGGAGCGCCGAGCACCAGAGCCCCCACGCUGCCCAAAUCGGCCCCCCACAUCAAGCUGGCCCCGGUGGAGGUGGCCCUGGGGCAGAGGCUCAGCCUGGAGCUCAGCCUGGAGCUACCGGAGGGGGCCAAGCCCACCGAGGACGCCCCCAGCUUCUGGAGGCUGUCUGCUGAAGGUAACGAGUGGCUGCUGGAGGGCCAGUCCCUGGGCGGCGCCAUCGUGGACGUGGCGGCCCCCGUGUCGGUGUCCCCGCGGCUGCCCCGCGCCCCCCCGCCGGGGGUGGACCCCGACCUCACCCCCUCCCUCACCCUCAGUGUGUGGGUGUACUUCUGCGUGGCGGCGGGCGGCGCCUGCAUGAUGAAGGCCGCCUCCUUCUGCCAGCCGCUACACCUCCUCCCCGCCCGGCCCGGGGAGGGGGAGGGGGAGGCGGUCACCGUGGCGAUGACGCACGCCUUGUUGUAAAAGGUUCUCGCUUUGUGUCCCGCUAUCUCUGUCCCUGACUUUGUCUCGCUCUCUCUGUCUCUCUCUCCCU